UGUUGAUUGAUAAAAAAAUUGGACAAAUUAAACGUGUGCGGAUUUAUGUGUAUUUAUUGUUAUAAUGUAACCGACUGCAUGUGCCAGGAUAAUUAAAUCUGUAAUGCGAUGGGAACACUUGCGGUCUUUGGCAGUUGUCACAACGAAGGUUUCAAUUAAUCUUUUCGGUAUAUCUCUUUCUCUCAUAUGAAGUUUUCCAUUUACAAAAAAAACGUGGAACAUAGUAAACAUAGUUGUUAUAAAUUUUAAUACAGAUGUUACAUACUUCGCAAUCUUAUCAUCCAUGAUGGACAAAGCAAUGUUUGUUCUUUAGUAAACAAUGUAAUUGAAUCUCGGUUGAGGACUUCCACAUUGAAUUUGAAUAUAAGCUAAUAUCUUAAAAGUUGAGAAGUUCUAAUAGCGCCGAAAACGCUACACUAGCUUAAGAAAAAUAAUUGAUAAUAAAGAAAAAAAUUUCAAAUAAAUACAAUACUGUUUGUAUAAGGAAGUUCACCGUAUUAUUAAAUAUCAAUCACCUGUGUUUCCCCAUCUUUGUGCUAAACGAGUAAUUUAAUGCAUUCAUCCAGUCAAAAUGCUCGAGAUGGGUUAGCCGAUUUCAUGAGCAUAACAUUACGUAUUGCUUUUCCUUAUAUACUUUUACAACCAAAAUUAUGAGCAAACAUUUAGCAAAAAAAGUCGAAAAUCGAAAAUGAAACUUAAUUAACGCCGUACAUAACGCAAUGGAAAUUGCCGGGUUUAGUUUCUUCUUGGAUGUAUUCAUCCAUUCGCUAAGUUAAUGAAAACAUUGCUAACAUAUGUACAUAAUUGCAGUUCUAUAUAGAAACAAUAAACUCAUAGACAUUUAUUAAAAAAUCGUGUUCUAAAUGAUCGAGCUCACUCUUUCGUUCACCUUCUUUGACAGCUGUAUACUGACGCAUUCUAUGCGUUGUAUUAUUUUAAGAAUACCUAGAAAAAAAUGUCACAUUUUAGUGGAGCAUUGCAAUUAACUAAUUUGGAUGAUUUCAUAACACCAUCUCAAGAAUGCAUUAAGCCUGUAAUCAUAGAGAAAAGUAAGUCUAAAACUGGAGCAAAGAUAUCUAUACAGGAUGACGGCUAUUAUGAAGAGACCGAGGAUGGCAGCCGGAAACUGCAAAAAGUUGAAAUCACUUUGCAAGAUUGUUUAGCUUGUUCAGGUUGCAUUACUUCUGCUGAAGGUGUGUUAAUCACUCAACAAAGUCAAGAGGAGCUGCUGAAAGUUUUAAAUGAAAAUCAAUCACUUAAGACCAAUGACAAAUCCUCAGAUCAAGCUCGUGUGGUCGUGUUUACAAUAUCGCAACAACCAGUGUUAAGUCUUGCGCAAAGAUAUGGCUUAACAGUUGAAAACACUAUCAAACAUCUGUGUGGUUAUUUACGGCACUUGGGAGGAGAUAUUAUAUUAAAUACGAAAAUAGCUGAUGAUUUAGCUUUGUUCGAAUGUCGUCAAGAAUUUAUAGAACGCUUUCGUAGUAAAUCUCAAGAGCAACCAUUGCCUAUGUUAACGUCUUCCUGUCCGGGUUGGGUUUGCUAUGCCGAAAAGACGCAUGGAAACUUCAUUCUGCCCUAUCUGUCAACUACGCGGUCUCCGCAACAGAUUAUGGGGGUAUUGGUAAAGCAGUGGCUAGCAAAAAAUUUAAAAGUGAAAGCAGAACAGAUCUAUCAUGUUACGGUUAUGCCGUGUUACGACAAAAAAUUGGAAGCCUCUCGCAACGAUUUCUUUAAUGAAGCAGAAAAUUCUAAAGACGUGGAUUGUGUUAUAACAUCGAUUGAAAUUGAACAAAUGCUCGGUUCAGAGGCUUUAGAAAAGUAUCCCGCUUCGAAAUUUGAUAAUGUCUUCGGCAUCGUUGAUGGCAACGGGCCUGCUGACACCAUAUGGGGUUAUGAGUCGAGCACAUCAGGCGGCUACUCCGAGCAUAUUUUCAAAUAUUCCGCAAAACAUUUGUUUGAUAUGGACGUGGCUACGUUAGAAUAUAAAAACUUAAGGAAUCCGGACUUCCGUGAAGUCGUUUUAGAAAAGGAUGGAAAAUGCUUGUUAAAAUUUGCUAUAGCGAACGGUUUUCGAAAUAUACAAAACUUGGUGCAAAAGCUAAAGCGAGGAAAAACACAGUACCACUUUGUCGAAGUAAUGGCCUGCCCGUCAGGUUGCAUAAACGGUGGCGCUCAAAUACGGCCUGUUUCGGGCCAAACAGCACGUGAACUCACUUCCCAGCUGGAACAUUUGUAUAGGCAACUGCCACAAUCAAGUCCUGACAAUUUUACCAACGAAUCAAUGUAUAACGGUUUCUUUGAUGGUCUUCAUACGGAAAAGGCAAAAAUGUUAUUACAUACCACUUAUCAUGCCGUAGAGAAGUUAAAUACCGCUUUAAAUAUUAAGUGGUAACUUAAAAAUUACAAAUAAAUUUCAUUGUAAAUAUAAAA